GGCUAGUUCACUAACGCCCAUCUGCAUUGCACUGACUGCAAAAUGAACUGAUUCCACUUUCACGGGGCUCAAUAUGAAAAGGAACGGCGUAUACAAGUUUUUGUCAGUAUUUUCCUGUCUAAUCGUCUGCGUUUUCCUGUUGUUUUGGAUGUUUGCCUUUUAUUCGAUGGUUUUGGCACCAUAAAAAUAAAGAGAGACAUUGCUGGCUUUCAUGGGGAUAACGAAAGCUGAUUCGACAAACAGACGCAUCUAGUCCGCUUAAGCAAUUGGUUUACGUUAUUUACGUACAUUUGCACAUCGUUAUUAUUGUAAUUAUCAUCUGAAGUAUAAUUAGGAACUUGAAACCAUUUAGCAUAAAACGCAUUUGCUAACACUUCUACAGCAAACGACAUACAAAAUCUUCUGUUAACAAAAGUUUUCUUAAAAACUGUGAAAGGUUUGCUGUUUGCUAUAAUAGCGAAACUAUCGCAUAUUUCGUUCUGUUGAUAUUUAUUGGCUUAUUAAAUUAGUUAUAAGUCCACUGAGAAGCGCUAGCUCUGAAGUGACCAAAACAAACCGACUGCGCAUGUGCUGUGACGACAGUGGUCACAUGACGUCAACCAGGAAGUCCUAUUCUGUGUGUGUGAGGAAUCUAAACGCUCGGUAUUAAUGGCAGAGUUGAAGGAGGACGGUGCAGCCGCCCCAAAGCUGCAGUUUGCCCCGUUCUGCAGUGCUCUGGAGGCAGGCUUCUGGCAUCAGCUCACCCAGAAGAAACUCAACGACUACCGCUUAGAUGAAAGUCCAAGAAACAUCAAAGCCUAUUACUAUAAUGGUGAUCCUGAUGGUUUACCGACACGUUUGACCCUGGAGUUCAGUGCAUUUGAUGCUGAUGGACCCACACCUGCUCACUGUUGUCCAGCCUCCGGAACUCUGUACAACACCAACACAUUAGAAGCCUUCAAAUCUACAGACAAGAAAGCUCUUCUUGAUAAAGCGGCCAAUGAGAUUUGGAAUGCAAUUCAGUCCGGGGCCGCAGUGGAAGACUCCUCGGUCCUGAACAAAUUCAUCCUCUUGACAUUUGCGGAUCUGAAGAAAUAUAAUUUCUAUUAUUGGUUCUGCUUUCCUGCCCUUUGCUUUGUGGAGGGAGUGCAGCUGGUGCAGGAGCCACUGUCAUUAGAGCAGAGAUUCACUGCCAAACAGAUCUCCAGCUUGCAGAUGGCGUAUGAUAAUCUUUGCUCCUCGGCUGGCUCCACAGCAGUCCCACAUUUUCUGCUCAAAUACACAGAUGAAAGUGUUCACGUUGCUCCUCUAAAGGAUUUCAACAUCUUCGUCAAGGAUCUUAAGAAGAUUACUGUGGGUGUGUAUGACCCCUGCACGCUGCAUCAACAUCCCGGCUGGCCUCUCAGAAACCUUCUCAUCCUACUGGCAAAAAAAUGGGGUUCACAGAUGGAUGUGGUGGAGAUCCUGUGCUUCAGAGACAGAACUCUCCAAGGGAGCCGCUCCAUUCAGCACAGCAUCGUUUUUCAGGUCAAGCUCCCAGACCUGUCUACCUGUGCAGUUUGUCCCAAGAGUGUAGGAUGGGAGAAGAACCCUAAGGGUGCCAUGGGACCUAGAAGUGUCAAUCUCAGUGAAUGUAUGGACCCAAAAAGGCUUGCCGAGUCUUCAGUGGAUCUCAAUCUGAAGCUGAUGCGUUGGAGGUUGGUACCCUCUCUGGAUUUGGAUAAGGUUGUGUCGACCAGGUGUUUGUUACUGGGGGCCGGAACGCUGGGCUGCAAUGUGGCCCGGACGUUAAUGGGCUGGGGUGUGCGACACAUCACCUUUGUGGACAACGCAAAGAUCUCCUACUCCAACCCAGUGCGUCAGCCUCUCUAUGAGUUUGAAGACUGUCUCGGCGGAGGCAAAUCUAAAGCUCUUGCUUCAGUGGAUAGAUUAAAGAAGAUCUUUCCUGGUGUGAAUGCUGAAGGUUAUAACAUGAGCAUACCGAUGCCUGGCCACCCGGUGAACUUUUCUGAGGCGACGAUGGCUCAAGCUCGGCAGGAUGUAGAACAGCUGGAGAAACUUAUCUCUGAACACGACGUGCUCUUCCUGUUGAUGGACACUCGCGAGAGCCGCUGGCUUCCUACAGUCAUCGCUGCCAGCAAAAGAAAGUUGAUAGUUAAUGCCGCUCUGGGAUUUGACACAUUUGUGGUGAUGAGACAUGGUCUGAAGAAACCCAGAGAGUGCCGAUCUGAAGACUCCAGCCCCAUGUCUUCCUCCAACUCUUCCUCUUGCUCCACACCAGCGGUCACUACAACACCAGGGGCAUCUUUGUUCUCCAAUAUACCUGGACACAGUCUCGGCUGCUACUUUUGUAAUGAUGUGGUCGCUCCUGGAGAUUCUACCAGAGACAGAACUCUAGACCAGCAGUGCACGGUGAGUCGUCCUGGUCUGGCCAUGAUUGCUGGAGCCCUGGCUGUUGAACUGAUGGUGUCUAUACUCCAGCAUCCAGAGGGAGGUUAUGCUAUGGCCAGUAGCAGCGAUGACCGCAUGAAUGAACCGCCAACAUCACUGGGUCUCGUUCCCCAUCAGAUUCGAGGAUUCCUGGCGAGAUUUGACAAUGUCCUCCCUGCAAGUUUGGCCUUUGACAAAUGCACCGCAUGCUCACUGAUAGUUCUUGACCAUUAUGAGAGGGAGGGGUUCCAGUUCCUAGCAAAUGUCUUUAACUCAUCCCAUUCAUUCCUGGAGGAUCUGACUGGUUUGACGUUACUCCAUCAGGAGACACAGGCAGCUGAGAUCUGGGACAUGAGUGAUGAUGAAAGUAUCUGAAGGCUUCAGGACCAGAACUGAACACAUGACGUUCCUUUAUUUGACCAUGAUCCACAUGGCAACUCAAUGGUUCUUUAGUACUCUUUUACUGACUUCCUGCAAAUGUAACUUUUGGAAAAGAUGUCUUCAUUCCAAAUGGACUUUCUUGUUGUAUCUAUAGAAACAUUUAUUUUUCCUGUUAUUUUUGUCAGGACGUGUCUAUGGACCUCAGGGUAGACAUCGUUGAGUAAAUGGAAAUGUAGCUGAAACAAAAAGCAUUAUUGCAGUAUUUGAGCAACAUGUCAGACAGACCUAGUUUCCCACAGCCUAGUUUUUAUUCACAAAAUUGUCGUCUACACUGAAGUCCAUUUUCGCUCUAAUGUGCUUGAAAGUUUGUUUUGUUGGAUCUUCAUAUUAGGGGUUUUUAUGUCUAUAUUAUGUAAUGUCAAACUCCAGAUUAUGGCCAGGUGUGUUACAAAUCGACUCUGGAGAAAGGUACAGCAUCUCUCUGGUAUUUGAAUAGGAUCAGAUUUGUGGUUGGGUGUAUUUCGCAGGGUUAUUUCUAUUGGGAUGAAUGUCUGUAAUGUAUUAGUAUUCAUUUAUAACCAAGUUAACGAUAAAGAAUUGUGAAACGUUCAGGGGUUGUGGUCACAUGAAAUAGUCACUGUUGCAAUAUACACAGGUCUUAAUAUUUGCCUCAUGUGUGAGAAUUACAGAAUGAGAUUCUUGUCAAUUAUAUGCACGCUGGUUUUAAAGUAUUUAAUUACAAAGACUGUGAUCGUGUAUGUACAAUUGAUUUUAUUCCUUAUUUACAGACAGAGUCAAGUGGACUGUGGUUUAAGAGCACUUUAUUGUUCAUUGAGGCUACUUAAGUACAAAACAAUGGCCUGCCAAAACUUUGUUUUAUUCCAAGGAGAAACAAGGCCAUGAAAUGAGGGUAUAAUACAGAUUUACAAAUUAAGUACACUCGAGGUGCAGAAAAAUGUUUUUUUUUCAACAUUUGUUUCUUGUCGUCGUUCUCCUGGAAGCGCACAUCAAACAAUAAAAACAUGUUGCUUAACUCCCAACUGA